AUGGUGCCGGCGGCCUGGGGCGCGCUGCUCGCCGCGCUGCUCGCCGCCGCGGGCAGCUCAAGAGCUCAUGGGCAGCUGGUGGCUGUGAGCCAGCCUGGGGUGUGUCGCUAUGGUUCUAGGUUGGAUUGCUGUUAUGGCUGGAAAAAGAACAACAAGGGCCACUGUGAAGCUGUGUGUAGACAUGGCUGCAAGUAUGGCGAGUGCAUUGGACCAAACAAAUGCAAAUGCUUUCCUGGAUUUACAGGGAGAAGCUGUAAUCAAGAUCUGAAUGAAUGUGGACUGAAACUACGUCCCUGUGAACACAGAUGUAUGAAUACCCAUGGCAGCUACAAGUGCUAUUGUCUUAAUGGAUACAUGCUUAUGCCAGAUGGCAAAUGCGCAAGCUCCCGGACAUGUGCCAUAGUGAAUUGCCAGUAUGGAUGUGAAGAAGUCCAAGAAGAAGUACAAUGUGUUUGUCCAUCAAGUGGCCUUCAGUUGGGACCAAAUGGAAGAACAUGCAUAGAUAUUGAUGAAUGUUCCACUGGCAAAGCUCUUUGCUCUUACAACCGCAGAUGUGUCAACACGUUUGGAAGCUAUUAUUGCAAGUGUCAGCUUGGUUAUGAACUGAAAUAUGCCAAUGGCCAUUAUAACUGUGUAGAUGAAAAUGAAUGUGUGGCAAAUACACACAAGUGUAACAUCCAUGCAGAGUGCCUCAAUACACGAGGAUCCUUCAAAUGCAAAUGUAAACAGGGCUACCGAGGAAGUGGAUUUGAUUGUUCUGUUAUCCCUGAGAAGUCAGUGAAGGAAAUUCCAAGAAUCCCUGGAGCAGUUAAGGACACAAUUAAGAAACUUCUUGCACAUAAAAACAGCAUGAAAAAACACAAAGCAGUCAAGAACGUGAUCCCAGAACCAGCUGUGACACCAGCUUCUAAAACCCACUUGCAGUCAUUUGACUAUGAAGGUGGUAUUUAUCUUGGUAGGAGCUACGCUGAGGAAGAGACUGAAGUUACUAAAGAAGAGUCAGAGGAGACAGAAGAGAAAGAAGAUUUUGAGAAUCAGAUUGACCACGAGCAAAGCCUUAGAGGAGAUGUCUUUUUUCCCAAGGCUAAAGAAGCAGCUGCCUUUGGUCCUCUUCUGGCACAGAAGAAAGUUCCAGUAUCAACACCAGAGCAAGAAGUUGAUUGCAGUUUCAGCCGGGGGGUCUGUGACUGGAAACAAGAUACUGAUGAUGACUUUGACUGGAAUCUUGCGGAUCGAGAUACUGGUGAUGGUUACUACAUGGCAGUUCCAGCCUUUGUGGGACACAAGAAGGAUAUGGGACGUCUAAAACUUCUCCUUACUGACCUCAAACCAAAGAGCAGCUACUGCUUGAUUUUCAGUUAUCGGCUUGCUGGUGAGAAAGUGGGGAAACUUCGAGUGUUCCUGGCCAGCAAAAAAAGGGCUCCUGUCUGGGAGCAAAGCAAAGGAAAAGAUGAAAGGUGGAGCACUGGAAAAAUAGAAAUAUUUCAGGGAGCGGAAACAACCAACAGUAUUACUUUUGAAUCAGAACGCGGGAAGGGCAAAACUGGAGAAAUUGGAGUGGACAAUGUUAUACUAGCUUCUGGUCUAUGUCCUGAAGAUACCUGAUAAUGGAGAUUUCAGUAUGUUGAUUUUAAUCCUAUUUUAAUAUUUGCCUUACUAGUCGUGCAUUUUUUUUUAUCAUUCUCUAGAUAAAAAACAAAACCAAAAAAAACCCAAAAUGUGCCUUGAACUUAAUGAAGCAAUGCAAACAGAAAAACUGAGAAGUGCAAGAUGCAGAAUAUCCUUAUUGGUAUACCUUUUUAAAUUAAUUAUUCUAAUACAUGCUUUGUGUGUAGCAGUACUGUAUUUUAUCAUUCAAGGUCAGGGUUUAUAAAGUAUUGAAAUAUUUUUCUAACCUUUCUACAAUUGGUAGGCUUUUAUUCCUUGAAGUUCUUCUCAAGACUGUUCUUACAUCUUCUAUUUUAUUUCUCCCUACUUCACAAGAAUAUAAAGCAAUAGUUAAGAUGUUGUUACCCCGUCAGGUGAUGUAACUUUAACUUCCUACAUAGUGUGUAGAUAUUAAGGCUAUUCAACAAGAGGAAAGAGAGGAGGUUUUCUUCCUCCUCAGUAGAGGUAAGCAAGUUGUAAGUGGAGUUAUUUCUUUUAGAUGUAUUUUCAUUGUUAAUAAAGUAUGUAACAGUUUGCUAUCCAUGUCUUUUAGUCACACAAAUUAGUAAUGAUCCCCGUAUAUUUUUGUAAGCAUUUAUGUAGGCUUUAUUUACUUCACAGAGGUGUGAACCAACAGUUUUCAUUUUCCAGGGUACAGCAUAGCUUAUUGGCCUGAUUGGUGAACUGAACGUUUUCACAGAAAGGACACUUUGCUCCUUCCCCCACAUGCAUGAGCACAAACAUGCAUAUGUACAAAUGCACAUUACACACACGUACACAAUUGAGAAGGGCUCAGAAUCCAGGUUCCACUUUUUCUGAGCAGAAGUCAAUGCCUAUGCCUUGGAGCAAAAGACUACCUUCUCCUCUCUUGUACUAUCUUCUGAAAGUACCUAACAGUCCUAACAGUCUGAAUCCCAAGAGGACAGAGAUGUCCAUGGAGAAAUUCUGUUUCAGGAAAUGUUCAGUUAUAUGUGAGUGCAUAGGUAAUGCUCUUGGUUAGCUCUGUAUGUCCCCUUCUGAUUUGACUGCUCAUCAUUUAUCACUAGUGAUGCCCUUUAUUUCAUUUGUUGUAUGAAAAAGGGGACACCUGAAAUAAUUGAACGAACUUUUGGAGAGCGACAUUGAAGAACCCUGAAGAAUUUAGCCUAACCCAAGCUUUUUUUAAAAAAAGCAAAUUAACUCCAAAAGUCCAAAGACCUUGAAUUGUAUCUAUGAAGCAAGUCAGGUUGGUUUGAGACAUUUCUUGUUAAAACUCAAUCUUUUUGAACUUUUAACACAGUUGAGGAAAUGGUAAACAAGACUGGAAAUAUCUGGAAAGUUUUCAAUAACAAUAUAAUCUGCAUAUUUGCUUUUUGCUAGAACUUGUGUGUUUUAUGGAACAGGUGCUUUGAGAACUGUACAUAGAUUUCAGCUUUGACAUAUGAAUUUCUUUGCUGGUGUCUUUGGAGGUGCUGAGGAAAUGACAGAAUAAGAACCUGAGAGCAACAAACUCUCUAUAAUCGCAAGGGGAAAAAAAUGAAAAAAAAAAAAAAAAAAGAGUUUCAAAGUGAGGGGAAACUUCCCUCAGGAAUGGAUAUGGAUUAGAUGGCUACUAUGAUCUUAAAGUCCUUGAAGAUCCUGAUUAAAAUGAGUCAGAAAAGUAGGAUUGAGUCAUGGAAGUAUUUUAUUAACUAACUUUUCCUAGAGAGGUCUUAGUGUCUGAAGAUGAAUGGUUCUAUCCUUACUGAAGAUUGAGAAAACAAAAGAAUACUAUUGUAAUCAAAUUUUGUGUGUCUAACUUCAAACAGCAAUAAUUUAUAUGUACACAGUGCCUCCAAAGCUUAAGAAUCCUACAUUUCUUUAUAAACUUUAUGCAUCACUGGUUUGAACACUAUCAUGCAAAAGAUGUAUUUGAACUAUAUACCUAGAACAGACCUAGACUACUUGAAAGAAGUGCAGCUAGGCAUUUCUUAUAUGUGCAGUCAUUUGAAAUAUAAAAAUCAUUUCAUCCCUAUAUUCAUCAUAGGUUAAAUACUGCCUACAUAAGGUGUAGUAUCUAGAGACUACUUGCUCAGUACAGAAAGGACAAAGAGCAAGCACAAUGUUCAUGAUUUAAUAAGGAACCAGACAUACCAAUAUUUAUUUUUCAUUGGCUCGAUCAUGACUGUGGCAUUUACUUCACUAGUAGUAUUCUACCUGAAAGACAAGAUAAAAAGCAAAUACUUUGUAUUUCACAGCAUAAGCAUGAAAACAAUUUGCAUUUAUCAGCAAAGAUUACAAUAACUUCUGUAAUGCUUUCUGCAGCAGGUACAUAAGUUGUUACCAAUUUGUUCACAAUGGAUUGUCAAAUAUAAUAAUGAAUGCAUCGCAGUAGAUCAUAGAAAUAAUUCUAGCAUAAGAUCUCAAGAGCAAAACUGAAAUGUUUUUUGUUGCAAACGGAGUAUUUCAAAAUGUAAAAAGUACACUACAGUCAAGUGACUUGAACUCUGAUAACAUCCUUUCCUGCUCUGAAGUCUGUUGAACUUUGGAGACAGUACUCUGCCUACAAGUUAAUGGAAAAAGAGAGCUUUAAGCUAAUUAUCCAACACUACACUACAUCCUUCAAAACAUGCUGUACAGAUGUGAUCAUUUUAUCUUGAAGGUUGUACAACAAAAGUUUUCAAUCACUUUUCUCCAGCUAUCAGAAGAAUUAAAGGAGACAUUUCAUUUUGUCAGCCUCGAAUACAUGGAAAUGCUUAGGCAUGUUCCCACAAGAUAGUUAUCUUGUAGCCUGCAAUUGAAAUGAUCUUAAAAUAUUUUUUUAAAUUAUGAGAUGUUAGUUUUAUACAUAUUAAGUAAGGAUUCCCCACUGCAAUUCUUAAGGAUCUUGAGGAUGAAGAUAAUGGAGAAAUGCUUUCAGUGACUGAUUACUGCUCAUAUUUACUUCAUAACAUGCUAUAAAGUUUUUAGAAUACAGUCAGAAACCUGCAUGUACUGAAAUCUACGACAAUAUAUUAAUUAAAAGUAAGUAAUGAGAAAGAGUUGGUGACAAAUUAUUUGGUCAUAUAUACUGUUAUGUAAAAACUCACCAUGGCAAAAAUAUUUUUGAUGGAAAAGAAUUUCUAUUUUUGGUAAUUACUUCUCAAGUACCUGCCUUUUAGUUGAAUUUCAACAGUUACAUUAAUACAAUUCACCCAGUCUCUCUGAGCCAGCCCUCCAAGGCACACCUCAACUUUUCAGUGAGUGAACAUUAUU